AGUUGUUGGCGGCGGAAGCUCAAGGCCACCCUGCGGCGGCGGGGGGAACCCGGGUGGUGUCCGCCCCAACGCUCGACGCCCCUGGACGUCAUGGCUUCCCCGCUGAAGCUGGAACAGGACGUGCAGGGGAAAGUGGAUUCAUUUCGCGCCCGCAUCGCGCAGGAGGCCGAGGCUCUGGUGUCCACCUUCUUCCCUCAGAAGCUGUCGGAGCUGGAUAGUCGGGUCCAGGAGCUCCGACUGCAAGACCUGUCCAGAAUCCGUUCGGUGCCCGCCCCGGAGCCCCCCGCCGUGCCCGACACCGCGGGGGACGGGCCCAACCGGGACCCGCCGCCUCUGCAGGCCCAGUCCACGGUCAAAGUGCCGGCACUGCCAGGGGGCGAGGGACGGCUGCUGCGGAGCAACCAGCAUCUGGUGGAGCUGAUUGAGUGGGUAAAACCCGAGAUCGAGCUGCUGAGAGAGAAAUGCAACACGGUGCGGAUGUGGGUGCAGCUGCUCAUCCCGAAGGUGGAGGACGGCAACAACUUCGGAGUGUCCAUCCAGGAGGACACCGUGGACCAGCUGUGGACCGUGGAGAGCACCGCAGCCUCCUAUCUGCGCCGCUUCUCCACCUACUACAACACCAGGGCCAAGCUGGUGUCCAAGAUAGUGAAGUACCCCCAGGUGGAAGAUUAUCGCCGCACUGUAGCCGAGGUAGACGAAAACGAGUAUCUGAGUGUGCGCCAGAUCCUGCUGCAUGUUCGGAACCAGUAUGCCACCUUGCACGACGUAAUCCUCAAAAACAUCGAGAAGAUCAAAACCCCUCGGAGCACCAACACUGACAACCUCUACUGAGGACCUUUCUCCACCCCUCUUUCCUUCAGGAGGUGGCUGAGCUGUUCAGGCAGCCAAAAGGGGUUAUUAAUGACUCUACAGGUGACAAAGCGACUGGAAAUGUGCAUUAUGUUUAGUGACAAUUUCAUAAAGCUUUAUUCUCACACUGAAUACUUUUAGUGUAGUUGUUUGCCUUUUCUUUCACUGAGAGGAUGGGGACAAACCAUCUAGUAGAAGGUGGUAGGGUUGGCCAAGGAGAAGGACUGCUAUUUUUUAAAAGCAGUUUUGUAGAUGAAUGUUGGCCAAGGUUUCUUUUUUAUGGCAUUGGUGACAUUGAAUGGUUUCAGGGGUUACUCGAAGAAAAACCUAAAGUUUAAAAGAAAGUUAAAUAAAGCCUUUCCUAAGGUUCUGCUAUACGUUACUUCGUUCAAACCUCAGAAAUGCUCCUUUUACCACCAUCAUUUGUUUUUUUGCAAGGAAAGGGGUUUAAAGGGAUGUGUUUAGGUCAUUGUAUGUCUCCAGUUUGGCAGAUUGAAAUAAA